UCUCUGUUGCUAAAUACGGUAAUCUUCCUUUAGUUUUCCGAUUGAUUCAGAGCAGGAACUCUUUUGAACAAGGAGAAGCUUUUUCAGCUCAAUAGCGCAACUAUUGAAGAGAUAACUUCCAACGAAUCAAUCAGAAUUGAGACAGGAAGUAAUGUCGAAAGCGAGAUUUUGGAGCCUGCUAACCCUCGCUUCAAAUUUGUUUGUUAAUUUCGCCUUCAAUUUUUCCAAGUUCCUUUACAUCGAAAUUAAAUGCUACACCUUGUUUGUUAUUCAAUAUGAUAGCUAUGGAUUAAUAUUCUUUUGUUGAUACGCAAAUGAUAAAUUCGAAGAGUCUGGUUUUGAGUUGUGAAAAUGGGCGAGAAGAAGAAGGGAGGUGCUAUGUUGGUUCGGCUUGUGUCGGCAGCUGGAACCGGAUUCUUCUAUGUCGUGAAGAAGACGAAGAGGCUCCACACCAACAAUAUCAAGCUGGAGUUCCGCAAGUAUGAUCCUCGCGUCAAUCGCCAUGUUUUGUUCACGGAGGCAAAGAUGAAGUGAGUAUAUGUAACUCUGUUGUUUCUGCUCGCCUUUUGCUUUGGAUUGAUAAUUCUGUUAGUUUUGGAUAAUAGAAGUUUUGUUGGAUUUGAUAAUGCUGUUUGUUUGGAUAGAAAGUCUUGGAAUCGCGUAUCUUAUAUAGCGUUUGAAGUUUAAAUUUGAA